GUGUCUGGCGAGAAGGUGAGCAAGCUGUCACUGGUGGAUCUCGCCGGUAGCGAGCGGGCUCAGAAGACAGGAGCAAUGGGGGACCGCCUGAAGGAGGGAAGCAAUAUCAAUAAGUCUCUAACAACUCUUGGUCUGGUGAUUUCGGCCCUGGCUGACCAGUCGUCUGGGUCAGUGAAGAACAAGAACAAGUUCGUCCCCUACAGGGACUCAGUGCUCACCUGGUUGUUGAAGGACAACCUCGGAGGCAACAGUAAGACUGUCAUGGUGGCCACCAUCAGUCCAGCCGCAGACAACUACGAGGAGACGCUGUCCACCCUUCGUUACGCUGACCGUGCCAAACGCAUCAUCAACCACGCCGUGGUCAAUGAGGAUCCCAACGCUAGAAUCAUCCGGGAGCUUCGCGAGGAGGUAGAGAUGCUGAAGGCUCAGCUCAAUGAGGCUCAGAGCAUGAAAGCUCCAGAUGUGGCAGAGCGGCUGGUCGAGUCAGAGAAACUGAUGAAGGAAAUGUCCAAGACUUGGGAGGAGAAGCUGCAGGAGACGGAGAGAAUCCAUCAGGCUCGGCAGAAAACUCUGGAACAGAUGGGAGUGUCUGUGGUCACUUCGGGCAUCAAGGUGGAACAUGGGCGACCCUUCCUGGUCAACCUCAAUGCUGACCCCUCCCUCAAUGAGUUGCUGGUCUAUUAUCUGAAG